AUAUAAUAACAUGAACUUGUGAAAUAUAAUUGUCAAUUUAAACAUUUUUUAUUUUUUUUAUUCAAAAUUCUAUUCUAUUGGUUUGAUGGAUCUUCAUGUUUAUAUUCUAUCUAAUAAUAAUACAAUAAAUUAAUAAAUAAAUGUAUGUAAUUAAAUAUAUAGUAUUUAACUAUAUUUAUUUUUAAUUUUUUGCAAAUUCUAAAUUUUGAAUCUUUAUUCCAAUUUAAAAUUUACAUUUAAUCUAAUCACUCUAAUCAUGUUUAAGUUUCCUCAGUUAGAAGUAGAAAGCUGGAAAGGCGAUUGGGGUUUGCCGUCUAUUGAUUAUAAAUGCAUUGAAGUCUUGGUACAUUAUUUUCCUUUAUUUCCUUAAAAAUGUAUAAUUAAAUAAACAUUUUUAUAGUGUUAAAAUAUUUUUCUGUUUAGGCUUUUGCCAGAUUUACAAAUGCGCCUAUUAAUAUAAAUCUCUCUAACAAUCCAUUCAAAUCCACAACUGGCCAUUUACCCAUAGUGAGCUACAAUAAACGAUUACUAUUAAAUCGUGAUAGUUUAAUUGAGUGUCUUGAUAAACAGGUAUAUUUAUUUAUUAUUACUAUAUAUAAAACUACACCAAGUUUUAUCUAACAAUUUAAUACUUUUUUAUUUUAAGAAUCUUACACCAAAUUUUGGCCUUAGUGGUCUUCAAUUAGCUGAAGAACAUGCAGUCAUUAGCAUGAUAGAUGCUCAACUUGAGCCUGCAUUAUUGUUUGCUUGGUAAUUUAACUCAAUUAAUUAAAUAUUUGUAUUUUCAAUACUUAGGCACUUAUACAAAUUAUACUUAUUUUAUUAUACAGGUGGAUGGACGAAACUAAUUGUCUCAAUUUUACUAGACCAUUAUAUAGAAAUGCUUUAAAAUUUCCAUUUAAUUGGUAUUAUCCAAGUGCUUAUGAGAGGGCAGCUAAGCAAAAAAUAUAUACAUUGUAUAAUCAUCUAGAUUCAGACAAUGAUAUUAUGACUGAAGUAAAAUAAUUAAAAUACUUCUAAUUAUAUUUUAUUGCUAAUAAAAUGUAUUAUUUAGAUAUAUGCUGAAGCCAUUAAAUGUAUGAAUGGCUUAGAGAAUCGUUUGGGCAACAAUUUUUAUUUCUUCGGUUCACAUCCUACAUUAUUAGAUGCUGUUGCUUAUAGUUAUUUGGGGCCUUUAUUAAAAGCACCUCUAAUUGACAAUAAAUUACAAUCACAUUUGACAACUUGUAAAAAUUUGUGUAUGUGGAUAGACAGAAUUACAAGAGAAUAUUUUAAAAUUGACUGGCAAGCACAUAAAUGUAAUGAGAGAAAAAAAAUAGAAGAAUCUAAACAAAUGAAUAUUAUACCUUGGUAUAAAAAAGAUGAGACAAAAAAUGUUUUUAUUGGAUUAUUCACAAUCAUUACAAUGGUCAUAUAUUCAUUUAAAAUCGGCCUAAUUAGUGUAAGUUUUAUAUUAAUUUUUAGUAUGUAUGAUACAUAUCAGAUUUUGUAAUUUUAUAAUUCAUAUUUUUAUUCUAGGUAAGUGAAAUUAGUGAUGAAGAAGAUGAAGAUUGAUCAUCAGAAUGAACUAUUUAAAAUUUUAGUUAGUCAUCAUUUUUUAUAAUUUUAAUAUUAUUUUGUUGCUAUAUUAUGUUCCUAGAUUAAUUAAGUAGUUAAUAAAUAAAUGGAUUAAAUUACUUUAAGUUUAUGUUUAUAUUACAUAUUAUUUCAAAGUUACAUUUAAAUUAAAAAUGUCAGCUUUCAUUUAGUAACUACAAACUGAUGCUGAACUUCAUAAAUUCCGACAGGCUGAUUUUGUUUUUCAUCAUAAUCCACCCAUUCUCUUUCCUCUAAAUUAACAUCUUCAAAUAAAGUAUUACUUUCAACUCCACGACAUUUAAAUCCAUUUCUGGGUGAAAAAUCAGUGAUUGAUACACCCCGGCAAUCAAAUGCAACAAUACUUUUAAAUAUAUUUGAAUCUUCUACCAUGUAUUUAGAAAUAGUGUUAGGUAAAAUGUCUGAAAAUAAAAAUAUACUUAGAACUUGAUUUAUAAAUAUAAAUAUUUAUCUUUGUUAAACUUGCCUAUUGAACAGUCUCUAGAACACAAUUUACAUUUUAUAACUAAAUUUGCUUCACCUCUACUUCCUUUCAUUGAAACUUUUUCCUGAAAAAUAAAAAUAUUAAAUAAGGGAUCUGAAUGAACUAUAUAAUACAUUAAUAAACUUUUAAAAAUACCAACACUUUCAGAUAAGUAUGUCCAUUUGUCAGAUCCUUCACCACAAUUUGUGCACUGAAACUGUGAAU